GAUAUUUUAAAGGUUUAGAAGAUUUUAUUUUUUUCAGGAUGGUAGCUGGAGCUGCUGAGAAUCUUUUGUGGAUUACUUUACUAUAUAGUUGAUAUUACUCGUAUUUGUCAUUAAUUCAUAGCAAUUAUGAGUCUGCCAGUGAUUUGCAACGGUUACCGCACACACAAGGGCCACACUGUGACUCCAAAAAGGGUCCGCUUUCAAGAUCUCAGCGAGAGUGAUGAAGUGAUCAAUAACCCAGAAGGCAUGGAUACCUUGAACAGGAACCUCCCUGACCGUGGUCGCCAGACCCAUCAGGUGCUACAGGGUACCCCACUGGACCUGAUUGAGACAGGCAAAACCCUCAAAGUCCAAGCAGAGCGUCCCCAUCUGGUCAGUUUGGGAAGUGGACGUCUGAGCACAGCCAUCACACUGUUACCCAUACCAGAAGGGAAAACGACUCUCGGUCAUGGAAACACAGACAUCAAUAUCCAGGGUCCAGGAGUGGCUGCCCUGCACUGUUACAUUGAAAACCAGGAAGGAAACAUCACCCUUUUCCCCUGUGGCAAUCCAUGCUCUAUGGAUGGCCUGGCAGUCACAAAGCCUGUACGACUGUCUCAAGGGUGCAUGCUUUGUUUUGGGCAGUCUGCAUUUUUCCGCUUCAACCACCCAGAGGAGGCUCUCAGGAUGAAGAGUAUGAUGCCAGAAGGAAACGCUGGGCUCAGCAGCACCUACAGAGGACAUUCAGAGUCCCAUGGUCUGCACAAUGGAACCCACCAGCCUAUACCUCAUGAGAGGGUUCUUCAAGCCCACUCUAUUGAGAAGGAUCUUCAGGAUAUCAUGGACUCUUUAUCAAGGAAUGACUCUCAGGCCUCCUUAGCUGAUACUGGAAAACAGCUCGAGCACCCCAUCCCACAGUUGCCUCUUUCCCCCAUGUUUAAUGGAGGUGGCCGCUAUCUCCUCUCCUCUCCAGCCAGUCCUGGAAGCCUUUCUGUUGGAUCCAGCUAUGAAAACACCACUCCUCCUUUUUCUCCUAUUUCAUUUCCCUCAAUUGCCAACAGUUCUGGCACUCGUGUGGACCCUUCACAUUCAGUUUCCUACCAUCAUACAGUACAGCCACCAGUUCCCCAGCCACGGCAAUCGACAGUUCGGACUGGCAAUAGCAGCGGGGGACGAAAGGUACAGGAAAGUCCCAGGCUUCCCAGAAAAGCUGUGACAGAAGCACCACCAAGUCCUGUACCCAGUCGCCCAAACCAGGAUGUUUUAGUCAGAGGUGGUCCAGAAGGCCAACGUUCAGCCUUUAGUUUCUCUGGAGAUGCAGGAAGGGAUAACGGUUUCAUGACUUCUUGUUCUUCUGCUUCAUCAAGUCCUAGAUCCAGUGCAGGUUCAACUUUCCAGGAGACUUCCUCAGCUAAUGGUGGAAUUCUAUCUAUUCAGCCAAACCCACGCUUAUUUAUCCCUCCAGAAGGUCCGCAGUCCACUCGCCGGGCACUGGAACCACCCAACAGCGCUCCAUUCCGAGAACGUCCCCCUCCCAGCCCCUCAACUCCACGUCGUGGGCUACAGGGAGUCCCGGUCCUACCUGGAGCCCUACCUGGGGUAUCCCUUCCAACCCGGAGCCAGAUUAAGAGUGUACCUGAGAGCCCUCAACAGCAAAGACGAGUCACAGCAGGGGAAGACGCUUCUGGAACGAGGGGGUUACGGGCCAGAAGCCCUUCUCCUGUGUCUGCUGUCCUAAAGGACCACGCUAGUAGUGGCGGGAGGCAAAAGGGUAGCGUUGGAGUUAGUCAGAGUCCGGGUUCGAGUACCCAGGUUGGGAUUUCUCCACUAACCAGCCCUCGUAGUCAGAGAAAAAAUCCUAAAGAACCAUGGACUGUCCAACCCAGGCCACGGGAACGUAAGAACAGCAUUUCAGAAAUCAGUGAUAACGAGGAUGAACUGCUGGAGUACCAUCGCUGGCAGCGGGACGAGAGGAUAAAAGAACAAGAAAUGGAGAGACUGGAACGACAGAGGCUGGAGACCAUUCUGAGCCUGUGUGCCGAGUAUAAUAAAGGGGACCCCGUGGUAGACAUGGAGACAGGGAGGGUGGGACAGUUCCCUGGGACAGAGGACCGACGACCUGGCCCCGACCCGGUGUGUGUGGCAGACCAGCGACCAAACGCUCACACGCAUCGACUGGGAGAGUGUGAUGACGAGAACCUGAAAGAGGAGUGUAGCAGCACUGAGAGCCAGCACCAGGAGCAUGAGGACACUUCAGGAAUGGGGCAGCAGGAGCUGGGUUAUCUGGUGGAGGAGCGGGUCAGGAUUCUUGCUCGAGUAGAUGAGCUUAAAGCUCGGGUCACUGAGCUGGAGCAGCAACUACAGGAUUCCAGACAAGAGGCUGAGAUGGAGCGGGCAUUGCUGCAGGGGGAGAGGAGAGCCGAGUUAGAUCAAGUGGAGGCAGAGUUAGAGAUUAUUAAUCAGAUCCAGCUCAAACUGAGUGAAGUGGAGAAAAAUAUUCAGCAGGAGAAAGAAAAGGGGAGGGCUAAUGUCUCAGCCGAGCGUGACGUCCUGGCCAGGUUGAGGGAUGGGUACAGUGAGCUGAAGAGCCAGCUUCACAAAUGCCCCGAGUCUCUGAGGGAGCACUUACAGGAACAGCUUGCCAGGAAGACUGAGGCUCUGGAAUCUGGUUCAAAGCGAUUUGAGGACCUGGAGUUUCGCCAGCUGGAGCGCGAAAGCAGUCUGGAGGAGGAGAAGGAGACAAUCAGCCGACAGCUGCUCCAAGAGAAGGCAGAGUACCAGCGCUGCAUAGCCAAGAGGAAGGAAAAAAUGGCUGCCCUUGAGAUUCAAGCCAAUCAGCUAGGUGUGCAGGCAGCUCAGGACUGUGAGAAGAUGGCUAAAGAACGAACGAUGGCCCUGCAAAUGCUGCAAAAGGAGAAGGAGAGACUUACAACCCUGGAAAGGAGAUUCCAAAGCUUGACUGGAGGGAAGACUUUCCCCAGUUCUCCUAACAUUAUGCAGGAGGACGUUCUUCAUAUCAGCGAAUCUGAUCUUUCUAAUGAAGUCCUUAUCCAGCAUCCCCCAUUGCCUGCUCCUGGCAUUCAAAGCACCACCUCGCAUUCUUGCCCCAUCAGACCUCAGGAGGAGUACCUCAGACUUUCAGAUGUAUUUAAGAUGUAUGGUAGUGGUUGUGUCCCUACUCAAGCCACCUCUUUUGCCCCUACCACUUCCUGCCUUUCUCUUGCUGUAACAACAGAUACCCCACGUGAGGAGUAUGUGACAAUUAGUCAGUUGAACCAGCUCUUCGGGAAGCACAUGGUUGAUCCCUCUACAUCAAUUCCCAUCCAUUCAUUCCAAGCUAUAGUAGCUGAUCCUGUCAGCCACAUGUCACAGUGUGACCCUGGCCAGUCUCUUUCUGCUGAGGCUGAGAAGAACAGGCCUUUGGUGUCCAGGCUGGAUUUAGAACGCUGGUACCAGGACAUCAUGGCAAUUGGGGAUACUAGCCAUGAUUGUCCUCCCCCCCUUCCAGCUAAGUCUUUCUCCUCUCGCAGACCCAUGCAGAUGUACAGGUGUAAGCAGGAUGGAACCAAUGGUACAUCCACACAACCCAACGCUGGACUUUCAGGCAGAAACACUCCUACCAAGAGCCUGCCAGACCUUUCAACCCCUCAUCUGGAUACAGAUUCGAAGAAACCUGCUUUUGAGGGCAAAGGGCUCCAAACAUGUGAUGACUCCAGAUUUGUCCCCCAUGAACUAAAACCAAGACUGGAAAUGGACUCGCAAUACCACUGGGGCGUGCCACAUGGCUCUCACUCCCAGUUAAACUGCCCAUUCCCUGCUCCAUCAGCUCAAACAGUGCACCAUUCCAUCCUGCACCAUCAAGCACCCCCUGCAGGUGGCCCAGCCUAUGACACACUCAGUCUGGAGAGCUCUGACAGCGUAGAGACCAGUGUAUCGACUGGAAACAAUUCCACCUGUUCACCUGAAAGUGGUAGCGGCCUGGCAGGGUUGAGGCUGGAGGAAAUGGAAAAGAUGCUGAAGGAGGCUCAACAGGAAAAAGCCAGACUGGUGGAGAGUCGUGAGAAGGAGGCACAGACACGAAGGCAGCUGUUGGAGGAGGAGAGGAAGAGGAGAGAGGAGGUGGAGCGGAGACUGCAGGAAGAGACAGCGCAUCGGCAAAGAUUAGUAGAAGAGGAGGUCAAGAUGAGAGAAAAGCAAAGCUCUCAGGCUCGUCCAAUGACCAGAUACCUACCCAUCCGAAAGGAGGAGUUUGACCUGCGCUCCCAUGUGGAGUCAGCAGGCCAUUGCAUAGACACCUGUCCUUAUGUCAUUGUGUCUGAGAAAAUGUGCAAAGGCCACCUGGUUAAAAUGGGCGGCAAAAUCAAAUCAUGGAAGAAACGCUGGUUUGUCUUUGACCGUCUAAAGAGGACCUUCUCGUAUUAUGUUGACAAACAUGAAACAAAGUUAAAAGGGGUAAUCUACUUCCAGGCCAUUGAGGAAGUUUAUUACGACCAUCUCCGCAGUGCCACUAAGAGUCCGAAUCCCUCCCUGACCUUCUGCGUGAAGACGCACGACCGGCUGUACUUCAUGGUGGCCCCAUCCCCAGAGGCCAUGCGAAUAUGGAUGGAUGUCAUAGUAACAGGAGCAGAGGGCUACACACAGUUUAUGACCUAAGGGAAAACUGACUGAAUACCCAGCCAUGGGAGCGUAAGAGUGGGCAGGAUUUGUCUAACAGGACGUCAGUUCUAAGAGAGGACUUAACUUUCCACAUAUACCGUAUCUGAACUUCAGACAUGCUGCAUCAGCCCACACUAAUUAUUGUGUAUCAUCCAGAUCAAAAAGAUUUUGCAUGAAUGCAUACAAAUGAAAGAGGACAGGACUCUAUCGGUGCACAAGUAACAAGGUGCUUAAAACAAACUAGUCACCAAGAAAGACUAUUAUACAAAUAGAUUUUUAAAAAAUCUUUUAUUUCUUGCAUAAUAUACAAAUUUCGCCACCACUUUGGGACUAUUCAUGGCAACAGUUAGAUGCUAUCACUUUGUUUUGCACACUUUAAAUAAUCAAAAAAAGGAUGGUAAAAAAAAAAAAAAAACUGUACUUUUUUAUUACCAAAUAUUUAAAACCUAUUAUUCUUUUUAAGGUCUGUUUAAAGGUUUAAAUUUUGACAUUAAUACUUUCUAUUAAGUGUUACUAAUAAUCAAUCUGUAAUAAUAUUUCUUAUAAAUUUUACGUUCAUUCAGGAAAUUGCAAUUGCUCCAUGUAAUGCAAAAUACAGUCAGUUGCAGAUCUAUGAUUUUAUAACAAAAAUAUGGCAUUAAGGAUUUUUUUGGUUUACUACAAAUAUAAAUGAGCAUUUGGAUUAUGAUGGUAUGUUGUAAGAAAAUGUAUAGUACUCACAUUUUUGUUACAGACAUUUAGAUAUGUGUUAGCUCAAUCAGUGUUCCUAGAGUUUGUUCAAAUUUUAAACAUUUUUUUUUUUUAAUUCUCGAUUCUGCUAACACUAAUAUUAUAAUUUUAUUUUGACAGUGGGGACCAUUUUUAUUUGAUCAAGAGUUUAUCAUUAUACUAUAAGACUUGCCAAAGGUUAACUUCAAAAGUCCAGCAUUUCAUUCUGUCAACACAAAAGGUCCAGGUACAAUGAUAUGAUCUGUUGUGAUUGUGAGGUUGUAUGUGCCUUCCUUUUAGGUUUUUUUUUUUUAAUUCUAUGCAGUAGUCUUUCACUAUUAUUUUAUAUUUUCUUAUUUAUUCAGUUUAAAACUAUCUUGCAAGUAUGUCAAAAUAUAUAGUGCAUAUAAUGUGCAUAAUAACAUGCUAUUAUGAACUCAGAGUAACCUUAUUAGCAGUUUAUUUAUACGUCUGCUCAUCCAAUUUGAGCAAAACAGUAUACUAACAAAAAUAACAAAAAAAAGUUUGUAUAUAGUCUACAGUAUAUACAUGUCACAUUUACACUCAUGAAUUUUAAUGACAGGAGUGUGUACAAGGCCUAAAUAAAACGUGUAACAAA